GAUCGUUGCAUGAUUGGUGUCGCUGAACGGGUUCCAAUGGCACCAACAUGUGAGAGUACCCUGAAUAUUUUCGCCUGCUCCCUACCGCUGCUUGAUAUACGACGAGCGUUAACGUAUGCUUUUCGCCUAAUACGUAUUGAUUAUCUUUCCCCGAAUCAUUGAAUUGGCUGAAGCUCGAGGAUGAGUUUCGUUUGUUUCCAAUAGUUUGGCUCGGCCUUAAAUCCUUACCGCCGCACAUUCCGUUCUAGAAGCCCUCUUUGACUGAUAUACAACAUCACUUGCUCCUCCGCUACUCUCUGAGGGCGUUCAAAUAUUCUUCAACGCACCACACAUGAACUAUUCAUCUCUUGACCAAAGGGCGUUUUAACCUUUUUUACCAGCACCACAUACCACCACUCUACAACGUACGCAUAUAUGCGAGUUGCUUUCUGCCCCCAAACCAAAGUCAAGCGGCUGUCGCCGAUAUCUCGGCGCUUCAUAUCACUUGUCUAGUCAAAUCAGAACAAGUCACCUUGUGUGAAAAGCAUUGUUCAAAAGACAAGCGAGUUUUAAGAUAAGAACAGACAGUGCAAAUCACUUUUGCGAACAAUUCUACUUUCGGCCAAGUGACUUGCAUUUCUCUGAUUAAAGACUUCCACAUAGCAUACUUAUCUCCUUCCCAAAAGCAGUCCUGUGCUUAGGUAUCUGCUGUUGAAGUCAGAUAAUUUUUGGAGAACCAUCAUAUGUUGCAUUGUCGCGAAAUCUUCAUCAGUCGCGCCAAAAUGUCUUCUUCAACCACUCCUAUCUCUCGCUCCGCUUCUAGUACACCAGGGGUGGACUCUUCCCCGAGUUCUGUCACAUCUGCCAGCGAAUUUCCUGGCCUAAGCCCUGCUGCCAUUGAUGAUGCUCUCCUAAGAACGCUGCUGGAGGAUUACAAACUCCAGGAAGUUCAGGAAAAUCUUGUCAACAUCGCGAAAGAUGCUGGAGAUAUUAUGCUUGCGGCUGAUCCUUCAGUGACAAGUGCAGAGACGAAAGCAAACUCGUCGGAUUUGGUCACUGAAAUAGACAAGCAAAUUGAAGACAUGGUGAAAGAGCGCUUAAGAAAGGCUUACCCAUCAUACAUCUUCCUAGGGGAAGAAACAUUGCAGCAGGGCCAGAAGCUCACUGACGAACCAACAUUUGUUUGCGAUCCAAUCGAUGGUACCCUCAACUUCAUACACGGCUUCUAUCACUAUUGCAUAUCGCUUGCACUUACAGUAGCGAAAAAACCAGUGGUUGCCGUGAUUCACGCGCCAGCACUUGGCCAUACCUACACAGCAGUCAAAGGCCAGGGUGCGUACCUAACGAGAAAUAACGGUACACGGGUUGAACUACCUUUCAAGCGAAAGCCGGAACCUCUCCGAGGUCUUAAAGAAUGUAUGGGCGUUAUUGAAUGGGGAAAGGAGCGAGAUGGCCCCAAUUGGGCUCUGAGAACAUCAGUUGCGAAGAGAUUGAUGACAUCUGAGAAAGAGGGAGGAAUGAUGUGCCACUCCACAAGAACAAACGGAUCAUGUGCACUUUCUUUCUGUGCAGUUGCUACGGGUGCCAUGGACUUUCUGUGGGAAUCUGGAUGCUUGAUUUGGGACGUCUGUGCUGGCUGGCUUAUUGUUGAAGAAUCUGGCGGAAUCAUUGCUGGCGCUAACUCAGGAGAAUGGGAGCCUACCCUGGAAGGGCGUUCUUACUUUUCUGUACGAGCAGCACCGUCAGGCCAGAAGGAGAUCAUUGGCCAAGUCUGGAGCCUCAUGGAGGGCCAGAAGUUUACUUACUGAGUUUUGAGACACGAGAUUAUUGCUGGGGCUUUCGGCGAAUUUCUCUUCUAUUAUGUGCUCAUGGCGUUGCUGGCUGGGUCGUAGCUGCCACCGCAGCUCUUGUAUCUAUAGGGACGUGAUUACGACUAUAGACUGAUAGACUGGCGAUGCUGUCCUCCCUACAGCAGCCCGGCGGGAUUGAGCGGUUCUGUGUAUAGCUAAGUCACAUUAAUAUCGAUUAUUGGCUUCAAUUCAGAGUGUCCCUUAGGGAGAUCGGUCCUUUUUCAUCCGGUAUGGAGCAUUGCGUAUCAGGUUGUAAUAAGAUUACAUCAAGUCUGAUUAAAGACUUUGACACAGGCAUAUAUAUAUAUAUAUAAUUCUAUGCGAGGUUUCAGA